AGAUAUUGGAAUACUGCUAUCAUGUCCCCCCUUGUCCUUCUGUGUACAUGUAAGCCACAUUACAUACAAUAAGGGCUUUUUUUCUCAUAGAACGCCCUGGAUGGAACCUUAUUGGGUAGGCAAGGUGGGUUAUAUGAUGUGUGUGAGUUCUGGCACCUUUUUUUUUUUAGAAAAAAAGUACUGCCUACAAUAUAAUAUAUAUCUACAUUAUACUUUCAUCUGCUGACUCAUUCGUUGCUUUCUCUCCAUUUUGGUUCUUUUCUUUACCAGAAAGCAACAAAGAUGAUUAUUGAGGAAAAAUAAGAACAAUUCUACAAUAAUCUUUGAUUUGCAGUUCCAAGAGAUAACUCAAGAAGUUAUCUCAGUUCCAGUAAGUCAAGUUGGGGCAAAGUCAGUGAAGAGAUAACUGUUUUGUGUUUAUUUCCAAGAAAACGUGGAAAGGGUCUUAUAAUUAAUAUCAUUGUUAGCAUAUGGACAAUCACCAGAAUACAUAUGCACUUCCAAUGUUUGUGAAACAUGAUCACAUUAUGGAAUGGAUUCAAAUAGAUUUUUUUUCUGUUCAAUUGUGUCAUAUUCUUAGAAACUGCCCAGACAAAUCCCUGCAGUUUUCUUGGCAAGAUUUUUCAGAAGUGGUUUGUCAUUGCCUCCUUCCAAGGCUGAGAUAAAAUGAUUUCUUAAAGAUGACACAGCUGGCUGUAUGUCUAAGACAAAACUAGAACUCAAUGUCUCCUUUUUUCACUCUGAAAACUUAACUCUUAACCACUACACCAAACUAGUUCUAAUCGCAUGUAGAGGCACUGAAAUAAAAAUUCCCGUUAUAUAGAUCAAGAAAAUAAGUCAAUGUUAGGAUCCAAUUCUAUAUACUGCAUUGCUUACAAUGAGUUAGCAUUGAACGACUGCUGUAAUUCUAGCAAAAAAAAAAAAAAAAUCUGCCACUUAGUAGCCCUCCAGAUUUUUGUAACGAGAUGCCUCCAAGAACAUCCAAAGGAAACCAAACUCGGUAGACAGAGGACUUCAGCCUGCUUAGUAAUGCUACCUGCGAUUAUAAUCGUAAGGAUGUAACUCCAACUGACGACAUCGACUAUAUUUCCUGUUUAGGAUAUCGGCACCGUUGCCGUUAAGUCCUGCAAGAGCACCAUGCCGGCGAUCUGCAGCCAUUAUGAUCCAGCUAGGAAAACCAAGACCCUCGUUCUUCUCCCCGUGCAGAAGCGCAGAGCUCUUUGGGUAAAGAUCGGGGCUGUUUUGGCAGAGUGGUGGCGGUAGCUCCCUCUGCAGUUCCUGUCCAAUCGCGGCGUGGCGAGCAGCAGCAGACAUUUCCCUUCGCAGCCUUCCAGAUCUGACACUGCUGCUAUUGACUAUCGGGGGCACGCCGUAGGAGGGAAGAGAGCCGCCCACGAACGGAUUCUGGCCGAAUCUACAGCGUUAAGCGAGCGGGGCGAAAGAGAACGUGGGCGAAAGCAUGACCCUCAAAACCAUCGCUUUCAGCCGCGGCUUUUCCGCGCUGCUAAUGAGCAAUAUCUUAAUAAGCUUGAUCUGGGCAGCAAGGGCCCAACCGGCCGUCCCCUGCAAGGCCCCGCUCCAAUGGGAGGGCCGCACGGUGGAGUACGACCACAGCAGCGGCAGGAAUAUCCGCGCCAUGGUGUCUUAUGACAAUCCCAACCAGCGCCUCCGUAUUCUGGAAGAAAAAAAGAGGUUCAUCCCUUGCAAGAAAUUUUUUGAAUACAUAUAUCUUUAUAAAGAUGCAGUGAUGUAUCAGAUUGAACAAGAAACAAAACUGUGUUCCAAGAUUUCUUUGAGUGAGCCAUGGGAUCCUUAUGACAUUCCUGACAACUCAACCUAUGAAGAUCAGUACUACAUCGGAGGACCAGGUGACCAAAUUAUGAUCCAGGAAUGGUCUGACAGAAAGCCAGCUAGGAAACUCGAAAAUUGGGUGGGAGUUUACACAGUCAAGGAUUGUUAUCCAGUUCAGGAAACCUACACCAAGAACUACAGCGUGACAACCUCUACUCGUUUUUUUGAUCUCAAGCUUGGGAUAAGUGACCCAUCUGUUUUCAUCCCUCCCAGCACUUGCCAGACAGCUCAGUCAGAAAAGAUGACUUAUGUAUGCUGAUAGUAGAUCUUGGCUUCUACAGUACAUAUGUAAGCUCAAUAUGUAUUAUUAUUAACUAGCUGCUAAUGUCUAAUGUGACUGUUGCACUUUGCAGAAUGCAGGUUCUAACAGACUAGAAAAAGGGGAUAAACUCAUAUCUUUUGAGGCAUGUUAUUCUAAAUGUAUUCUCAUAUUCUAUAACUGUAAGCAAAUGAUCAUUCAUAUUUAUUUGUUUUAGCUGCUAACAUCCUCUGGCAGAAGCUUUUCUGUUUUUUCAAGGGGUAUAAUAUAUUUCUAAAACCAUAUUAAAAUACGAAAUGUGUUAAUUUUAGAGAGCUGGGAAAAGUACAUGUAGUAGAUAAGUCUUACCAUAAGAUGGCAUCCAAAGGUGCUUUUUAAUGAGGCAACUGGAUUUUCUUGUUUUCUUUGAAGACAUUUUGUUUCUCAUCCAAGAAGCUUCUUCAGCUCUGACUGGAUGUCAGAAAUGGAAGGAUUUAUAUUUCUUGCAGACAGCUGGUCAUUUGCAUUAUUUUAGAGAAUUGUUAAAGCCACUUGCAGGUUUGUCUGUCCUCAGGGUCACCUGAGAAAUGCAAAUGGGUGUGGAACCUUCUUGGAACAGCCGAAAGAACUGUGUUGUAGACUGUAGAUAGAUGAUAGCAUAUCCCCCCCCCCGUCUGUUGAGAGAGGGCUGUUCAAUUUUGACAUAGAUGGGCUCUUUGACCCUUCUUUCAAACUAGUGGCCUCUCUGUCCAAAACGUGGACUCAAAGAGAAAAAAGAAAUCCAGUUGUCUCUUGAAAAAGCACCUUUGGGACAACCAUGACCUGGAUGACUGAGAAUCCCCAUAGCCAUAAGAUGGUACAUUGUAGUAAAAUAAUUUUCUGAAAGCUGCUAUAGUGAAUGGAUGAUUCUCUUGUUAUUUAUUUAUUAAAUAGAUUUCUAUGGCAGCCUAACUCAGACAUAAUGACUCCAGAUAUCAUACAUCAUUAAACAAACAACAAUAUAAAAAACCCAGGAGACAUGUUCCCAGUGGCGGUAACAAAUGCAAUCGUAUAGAGCCACUGACAGGCCCUGAAUCGGUCUGGGGUCCCCAGGUCUGCUGAUAGAGCUAUAUCUUGAGGGCUUUCUGGAAAAGUAGCAAGGAGGGGGUUAACUUUAUUUCCAAAGAAAUGAUGUUUCAGAGGAAGGAAGCUACUAUAGAAAAGGCCCUUCUAGGUCCUGUUUGGUGAACCUCCUUAACAGAUGGGACCCACAAUAUAUUCUGCCUUUCCACUUUGGUUGGCCAGAUAGAUGAAAAAGUUUUCUGUGAAGAUUCAUUUAAAACAGGGUCCCCAACCUGUGGACCGUGGCCCACUACCAGGCUGUGGCCUCUUGAAAGAGCCGCAUGACUUGCUCUCCCUUACUGAGAGUCACGCAGGCGCUAGCCCUAUCCUGAGCAUCGCCCGGAGGCUAGCCCCAACCCAAGCAUCGCCCAGGCACUAGGCCCGUUUCUAGUGUCACGGCGCUAACCCUGUACUUAGCACUGUGCAGGCACUAGCCCCGCCCUUGUUUGCAUCGCAUACACGCAUGCAGCCCCAUGCCUUCCCCUUCCUUUCCCUCCGGGCCACCAACCUAGAAAGGUUGGGGAGCUCUGUUUUAAAGUUUAGGACAGCGGUGUCAAACUGCUGGCUUGUGGGCCAUUGUAUCAUAUGGAGGCCAUGCCCACCCCAGCUCUGGCAAUACAAAAAAACUUGCAAUAUAUCAUGACACAUCACGUGAUGUGAUAAGUUUGACACCUGUGGUUUAAGUAAAUUGCUGUGAUAUAGAGAAUGAGAAACUAUAUAUAAAUCUUUUUCCAUAUGAAAAGUUGUAUCUGAUGCUUUUCUUGUGUUCAUAAUUACUAUUAAAACAUGUACAAUGUCUUGUCAGAAAACUUGGCAACAUAUAAAACACUUCUUACGAAUUAUGCAAUGUAUAGUUAUUAUUCUGAUAGUCCAGAAGAGAAGUAAAUAUAGUGAAAAUUAUUGUUAUGUCAGCAGGAUUAAGAGUAGUCACCAGAGUCACCAUUGUUAGUUUUGGAAAUGGAAAUAUUUAAGAAGAAAAAAGUUUUAAUGGAUGAUACAAAGGUCUGCUUGUUAUAUAAUCAAAAUUAAAUUACAGAUACUUUUCAAAUUGUAACAAUUCACUUAGCAAUGGUUCAAAGUUAUAACAUCCUCGCCAAAAGUACUUAUGACCUGAUCCCAAAGUUAUGUAUGUUGCAGCACCACAGCGGUCGUUCAUGUUUCCUGCCUAUUUUCCCCCAAUUAUGCCCUACCGGGUCUCUGCAGGCACUGGCCAGCUUUGGUAACCCACCGUAUUCCACAUGCUCUUCCUCACCACCGCUCAGUUGUGUUUGGAAGAUUUCCAGAGCUCAAGAUGUCGAUAUGAAAUAGUUUUCCUUAGAUCUAAUGUUCUUACAUACGAUUCCGUCCUCUUUGGAAAAGUAUUUCUCAGAGAAGACAAGCGUAUGCAAGAACGUGAGAUUUAUUAUGUUCCUGCAGGCUUUAUUUUGGCCCAGCCUGGGUGCUGCCAUGUGUUCCCUCUGCAUAUUUUCAUCAACAGUUCCUAAACAGCUAAAGCAGUAACACAGUUGCCAGGGACACCUGCAUACUUGCAGCAGGCCAGGUUGAUGCAGAUCUGGCUGUCCUGAGGAGGGUUCCUUCGCUUGGAGUGACCCUUGCGGUCCUCAGGCACCUUCCUGCUUGCCAGAUCUCCAUCAGAGUGUGCCCGGCAAGCAAGGGGUGCAGAGCAGCCAGCAUACCAAGCUCUCCAGGUCUGCAGUAGCACAAUUGGUAAGCGCAAGCCCGGCCUCUCCCAUUCCCCACUGAGCCCCAGUCUCUCUCAAGUGGGCAUGGCCCUGCCCUGCCACUUGCUAGAGUGCCAAACCUGCCUGGAUCUCGCUAAUUGCACCGCCACACAAAGGAAAACCUUGGGUGGCUGGAAGCAGUGGUCUUGUCUCUGCACUAGGCUCCCAUGGUCUUCCCCACUCCUGAGGUACCCUAUGUGCUCUUAAUAACCUGUGCAUUUGAUUUGUGAAUACAUUGGGGAGAGGAGGAAUGGGCUCAUUCCUUUAUCAUGAUCCAGUUUACAAAUCCUUAGGUUAUACAUGUAAUUGGCAGGCUCCAUUACAGUCAUAAUUCCAGGAUUACCUGUAAAAAUAACAGACAUAUAUAAAAUAUGUGUUAAUACUCUGAUUAUAGUCUUUUGCACCCCGGAAAAAUAUAUAUUAUAACCCUAAUCAUUUUGCAGUUGACUAGUGGUGAUUCAAUCACUGCCAGUUGUGUUCAAGCAAAGCCCCUGAUAUUUUGAAUUUACAGCCAAGGCACCGUAUCACUUUUGGUAUUGUCUUUGCUUUCUUUUGCUGCAGUUGUUCUGUAGAUAUUUGAUUCUCUCCAAUUCUUUUUUUUGUUGUUGUUGCUCUGUUGUCUCCAUUAUUAGUGUCCACUAUCCAGACCUUUUUAUCUUAUCAACAGUUGUUAAGUCUGGGAUGUUAUGUGCUUGUCUUUUUGAACUCUGAAGUCCCAGAGCACUUUAGCAUCUUCACUUUCUUUUUAUUAUUAUCCCCCCAGUUUUUGUUUAUAGGCUGUAUCUCUUUUCUAUUCUUCAUUUGAUUUUUCUUAUAGACUAGUUUGGUCUCUUUAUAUUUAUAGGCUAAUCUUUAAUUAGAAUAUAACAGUGAUAACUUUGAUAUCAGCACAGCCUUGAAGAGGGUUUCCCAACUAUUUUUCUUCCAUGUUAGAUGACUUGUAAACCAGGGAUUCUCAGUGUGCAACUUGAAAAAGUAGUUCAUACAAUUCUUGUGUUUUGAUUUUAGUUAUUUUUGUUCAUGUUGUAAGAUUGUAUAAUGUACUGAUUCCUUCUGAAAAUUUGUGAAGUGGUAAAUCUAGAAAAUCUGCUUAUUAAUUCAGAAAUGUCAAAAAUGAGACAUUUUUAUGCAUAAUUUGCUAAGGUCUUUUAAAGAUACAUUUAUUCCCAUAUUGAAAGAUGAAAGCACCUCUAUUGUUAUUCUCCUCUAUUAAUAAAGAAUAAUGCAGUCCAAGGAUGAUUUGAAAUUUAAUUUUAAUUUCUCCAUAACUAUUUCUUCAAUAAUUGGUCAGGUAUUCCAGUUGUUCUUUCUACUCUGAUGUACUUCUACUUAUUAAUUCAUUGUUGGAACAACUAAUUUUAUUGUGAGACUUAUGUUUACAUGCUGUUUUAUUUUUACUAUAAAUAUUAGAUACAUGGGGGGAAGUCUUGUAAUCACAGAAAAUCUUGAUGAAAUUAAAAGGGGGCUAUACAUACAAAUGUCUUUACAAAUAAUUGUAACUCUGUACGGAAUUUGUAAUUAUGGAGAAAAGCCUUUGGUUUUCAUUCAACUUGUACAGUUUUGAGACAAGGUGAUCUGGUGCUCAUAUUCAUUGUAAUUCUGUGAAUUUGUCAUUCACAGGUGGAAUGUAUGGAAAGGGAAGAUUUCCAUCUUCUCCUGAGGUCAAAUACAUAAAGGGCUUGUCACUUUAUUUACCAUCUGGAGCAGUUAGAAAAAUAUGUAUUUAAUACAGGGGUGCCAAUAUUUUAUAUUAGUGCUGUGCAUGCAUUCACAAGCGUUGUUUUGUGCCUUGCUUAAUCACUACAACACUGCUAUUAAUUAAACAACUACAUUUGUUGUUCUGUUUUAAGAGUUUCUUGAAUUAUUCAACUUCUGAAAACAGUGGUAUUAUUUUUAGGCUUUUGUGAAAGAUGGAAGAAAAACAUGACUACUUUAAUUAGUAGGGGAGAAUGCAUUGGGUGAAGCUUAAACCCCUACUUCAGAAUGACUUUUGAAGCAUGCACAGCCCUAUUACUGUGUUCUUUCCCUGAAAAUAGACCUGGUCUUAUUUAUUUUUUUGCCUCCAAAAAAAUGGAAGAAGCAAAAAGUUGAGAAUACAGAAAAGAGUUGCAAUGGAAUGUGAAAAGAAAUAUAUAUUUCUGUGAGCGAAAUAAGCCAUGAUGUGGUCUUAGAAGGUUAGAUAUUAUUUAACUGAAAAAAACUAUAAAAGCAUAGAUAAGUUUCUUAAGUGAUAUGGUCAAAAUAUACAGGAUGCUCUAAAUAAAAUUGUGAUGCUAAAA